AUGGUGUCUUGGUCUGAUGGUUUUGGCUCGUCCUCGUCGUCUGACGAUGAAGUUAGGAAGGCACCUGCGACCAUGGAGUGCACGGAAUGGUGCGGCCUUGCUCUGAAUCAUCCUGCAUGUUGUGAGCAUCGAUCCCCCUGUGAGAAGUUGGUUGCAUUUGAAUCCACUGAUAGCGGCAGGAGGUUUCUAGGCUGUGCACAGAAGGAUGGACCCAAGUGCCCAUAUGUGGAAUGGGUUGAUUCUGAGUGGCCAAUCCCAUUGAAGACAGCUUUAAAUAAGAUCUGGUCUAUGUAUGAGAAGGAGUUGACUGACAGGUUGAGAUAG